AUGAAAAGGAACAAAAGCUGCAUUGGUGUUAGCAGUAGUACAAGUGAGUGCAGCAGCAGCAGUGGCACGAAGCAUAAGCGUGCAAAUAGCAGCAGUUCACUCGAAAAACGUGCACUAAGGCCCCGGCUCGAGUACAAAGAGGAGGAGGGUUUUGCGGAGAGCGAAGUGAAAAAAGCUUUACUGGAAUCAAUCUACGAACAAAGUAAGCAGAAUCGACGCCGAGAGUUGGAGAAAGAGAAGCGAAAGAAAAAAUUAGAAGAACGAAGGAAAAAGCGUAAAAAAACGCAGUCAAAAAGUAGAACCGUAGAUAAAUUGCCAUCAACGCGAGACUUCAUACGAUUCAUUUCGCUUAAUUAUACCAACGAUAUCAACGAUUUACCGUCAGAUUUACGAACGUUCCAUUCAUUACCAUAUGAGCCUGAAAUAAUUUCAUUUCAGACGCAUUUCGUGAAUAUUGUAUUGCUUGGAUUUGGAUUCAUAAUAGCGCUAUUGCUCUUUCAACAUGGCUUUUUGCUAAAACGUCACGAACAACUUGAACGAAGUUCGUGUGCAGACGUAACGAUAACACGUUCGUCGUGUUGGUUACCACGCCAUUUUGAGCGUGCCGUUAUCAUCCUGAUUGAUGCAUUGCGCUAUGAUUUCAUUGCACCACCUCGUGCACUGAACAACUCUUCGAAACCGUCUUCGUCUCAUUUCAUUGGUCAUUUUCCUAGUGUGGCUCAUUUGUUGCAACAAAGCAAUGAAUCGAGUACUCUUCUUCAUUUCAUUGCCGACCCUCCAACAACAACAAUGCAACGAAUCAAAGCCUUAACAACAGGCUCUUUGCCAACCUUUAUCGAUAUCGGUGCAAAUUUUGCGAGUACAGCUGUUCAGGAAGAUAACUGGGUUGAUCAGAUUGUCUCAUCCGGUCGUAACAUCACAUUUCUUGGAGAUGAUACGUGGACGGCACUUUUUCCAACGCAAUUUCAUCGUCAUUUUGCAAUGCCUUCGUUUGAUGUCAACGAUCUGAGCAGUGUCGAUAAUAUGAUUUUGUCACACAUUUACGAUGAAUUGUCACGUCCUGAUUGGAGCGUUUUGGUGGCACAUUUUCUGGGUGUGGAUCAUUGUGGUCAUAAGUAUGGUCCAGAUCAUGAGCAAAUGGCUCGGCAGUUAGCGUUGAUGGAUGAAAUGAUAGAGAAUGUUACGGAGCGAAUCGAUAACGAGACUGUUUUGGUGGUUAUGGGUGAUCAUGGCAUGACCGAAACUGGGGAUCAUGGUGGUGAUGACGAAGCCGAAAUUGACGCAGCACUAUUUUUAUACGCGCAUAAGCGACUUCUCUUUUGCAAACCACCUAAUAGCAUCGCACAGAUUGAUUUGGUACCAACUUUAAGUGUUUUACUGGACUCGCCGAUUCCGUAUUCAAAUAUUGGCAUAAUAAGUGAAUGUUUCAUUGAAAACAAUCUACGUGAGUGGGCAAUAACGAGUAACGCAUGGCAAAUUAUGCGAUAUGCACAAAGUUUAAUCGGUGAUCUGCCGAAUGUUGAAUCGAUUUUGCGUUUAUUUGAUGCACAAUCGAAUAGCAUCGAUGGUCAGCGUGAUGCAAUGCGCUCAACGCAAUCAUUAUUUCGUGCCUCAUGGACGCAUUUCAACUUAACAUUCAUGCGUAUUGGGGUGCUCUCGUUCAUCGACGCUUUUUUAACAGCGCUUAACGCCAUUCUUUCGAAAAAGUUCGUCAUCCAUUUUUGGUCGACAUAUUUGAUUGGCGAUGAUGAACGUUAUACGGCUGUAUUAGACACACUCUUAUCGGUUUCAAUAAUUUGGCGCAUAAUCUUAUUAUUAAGUGCUUUAUUGGGAUCGUCGUUAUCUAAGUUUCAUUGUAUUUCGUUAUUCGUUGUGGUCGCGCAUGCGCUAUCGUUCUUUUCGAACAGCUACAUCGUUUUCGAGUCAUCACAAUGGAGUCGAAACAGUAGACGAACGAAUACGCAAACGUCGUUAUUUUCGUAUGUUGAGGAUCGUUUGGGGAAGGGGCGUUUGUUAUUGGCAAUCAUAGUGUUAUUAUCACUUCGUGUUGGCAUCGUUUGGGAGCGGUGUCGAGAAGAGCAACAAGCUGCAUGUUCAGCAACUCAAUUUUCACUACCUCUCACAAAACUCAGUUUUGGCGCCGAAAAAGCGAUUCGCUUCGUGACUGGAGUGGUGUUUCUUUGUGCAGGUUCAUUUAUUUCAUAUCAUAUACAAAUUGAGCAUUGCCCACAAGCAAUCGCUUCUAGUCUGAUAUUUCCAUCGACUGUCGCAACGGUUGCCGUUUGGUUAGCUGAAUGGUUACCGGAGAGAAGUGCGACUCAGUUCGCUUCGUUUCCAAUAAUUUGUGCUCAGAUGAUGUUAUUCAUACUGCUUGCAUACCACGGUUUUUUUGCACUUUCACAUCAUGCUACAUUUUCAACGAUUCCGUGGCAGGCAGCCUUCAUUGGUGUGCCUGGUAAUUUUGAGUUUCAAUCGGUGCAGGCUGCUUUAGUGAUCACACAUUUGUAUGCUUCGUCAAUCAUCACGGUUGUUGCUUUACCGUUAUCAUUAACGUACUGUAGCACAACUAUUCCUCGUAAUGCAUUGGCCUACCGAUCGUACGCUUUCCUCAUAUUCACUUCUAUUCCAGUUCUGUGCACUUGUAUGGCUGCCGCAAUUCAUCGACGCCAUCUGAUGGUGUGGGCAAUUUUUGCACCGAAAUUCAUUUUCGAAGGUGUCUCGCUUUGUGUUGUUUGCAUCACGAUAAUGUUUAUCAAUCUGGUUUUCUUUCCACUGAAUUCGUUUUCCGUCUCACUUCCGUUGUUUCAAUAA